CUCGAUUCACUGUUCUUUACAAUGAAUUGAUGUGCAUCAGAUGGCCUCGCCCCUACGUACCCGUGAGAUAACCCAGAUCUUGGGUGCCUCGAUCCAUUGUCUUUUAAAUCUCCUCAUUUUCUCCCUUUUAACACACACACACACACACAGAAAACACACUCAAAAGUAUUGAAUGGUAGUGGAAGACUUGUAUCUUACACACGCUUUUUUAUUUAUUUAUUAGAUUAUGCUUUUCUUGACGUCAAGAUCAUGGGUUGGAGAAACGAACUGAAUAAAGAACACGGUACAAUAAUGGUAUACUGGAUAGGUUUUUUUACCAGACCGGAAUACACGCCUCCUUCCCUGAUAUGCGGCACGACAUCUGGACCCCGGCGCCAUAGCAACGGAUGCAAUGUCUCUUACAUGAGCCUCCUUGUGCAAGAUCGCUCGCGAAGCCGUACGAGCGACGAUAGCAAUACCUUACUGGUAGGUAGCGAUAUGGUUUCCACUCCUGCUUCGCCUCGCAUCCGGGCCUCCACUGAUUUUAAAUCCUCAACAUCACGUCCAGUUGACAUCCUUCGCAACCUCCUCGUAGACCAAUCCGAGCUGAUGAAUGGGCGUUUGGCAGCUAUCAGGAAUCGUUUUGCAGGACGAGGCCUUUCUGAGGCAGCAUUGACCUUACUCUGUGAACCCCUGCUUCGUAAAUCAUCUACAAAUCGCACCUAUUUUGGAGGCCAGCGUCGUUUCGUCUGGUGGGCCUUGCAUGCUGGCGUCAAUGUCAACAACUAUACCGUCGAGGAGCUUAUCAACUUUCUUUCAGCAGCGCAUCAGCAAGGCGACAGUUGGAGCACCAUCAAGCUUUUACACACUGGUGUUUUGAUCUUCCAUGUCAAUGCCGCGCCAAUCCGCCGACAUCCAGAUUUAUAA